AUGAUGGGUUCAGAGAAUAAUCACUCAACCAGAGAACAGAUGGAAACCUUAAUUCUCAAUGAAGACGAUGGCAGCAAGUACGAUGUUUCGAGCUCCAUAUCCUAUUCCAAUUACCGCAGUGCAAUGACCACACUGUCCUCCUCCGGUCACCCUCUGUUGACCCCGUCGUCCAUUGCCACCACCCAUACAGUGUCGGAUCCGCUGUUAUUUCCCUCUCACGAUUCCAUCCCGGAAUCCCUUUCCUACGCUGAUGUCAAUAUCAGUCCCCUUGAGGAUAGUCCCACUGUCUCCUCCUCCGACGGAGCCGGUGGGAGCGGUGAAAUACGCGACGAAUUAAGGGUUUCGCCACGGUCCCAGCUGGAAGGCUCCGAGUAUUUGAGAAUCACGGUUUCUGAUCCAAAAAAAGAGGUUGAAUCUUCUAACUCAGUUGUUCGGGGUGGCAACAGUUAUGUUACGUAUUUGAUCACGACUAAUACGAAUAUUCAGGAGUAUGGAGACUCGGAUUUUAGAGUCCGGAGGCGGUUUAGGGAUGUUGUUACGCUUUCUGAUCGCCUGGGUGAAGGCUAUAGAGGAUAUUUUGUUCCGCUACGGCCUGAUAAAAGUGUGGUGGAGAGCCAGGUGAUGCAAAAGCAAGAGUUUGUGGAACAGAGGAGAGUUGCGUUGGAGAAGUACUUGAGGAGGCUUGGAAUGCACCCUGUGAUUAGGAAGAGCGAUGAGUUAAAGGAGUUUCUAACAGUGGAGGGGAGGAUGCCUAUGUCACCAAGAACUGAUGUGGCAUCAAAGGUGCUUCAUGGGGUGGUGAGGCUGCCAAAGCAGCUGCUGGGGGAGUCAAGGAGUGUAGUUGAGUCGCAGGAUGCUGUGGAGCCAACCAAGGGCAGAAGGGAUUUUCUGAGGCUGUUUAAGGAGUUGAAGCAGUCAGUUGUGUAUGAUUGGGGUAGGUCAAGGCCUCCUAUGGAGGAGGAGGAUAAAGAAUUCUUGGAGAAGAAGGAGAAGUUACAUGAUCUCGAGCAGCAACUUACUAAUGCUUCUAAACAGGCGGAGUCACUGGUUAAAGCACAGCAAGAUAUGGGGGAUACAAUGGGAGAAUUGGGACUAGCAUUUAUUAAGUUGACUAAGUUUGAGAAUGAACAUGCCAUAUUGAAUGCUCAAACAGCGAGGGCUGCUGACAUGAAAAAUGUUGCAACUGCAGCUAUCAAAGCAGGCAGAUUGUAUCGAGCAUUAAAUGCACGGACCAUGAAGCAUUUGGAUACAUUGCAUGAUUAUAUGGGGCAGAUUUUAGCUGUACAUAGUGCAUUCUCUGAUCGUUCUAGUGCUUUGUUGACAAUACAAACUCUUACAUCAGAACUGUCUUCCUUGAAUUCAAAACACGAAUCUGCAUCAUCCAAAACUUUUGUUGGUGACAACUCUAGGACUCACAAAUUAGAAGAGCUAAAAGAAUCCAUUAGGGUCACAGAGGAUGCUAAAAGCCUUGCAAUCAGAGAUUACGAACGAAUCCAGGAAAAUAAUAGAAGUGAAAUGAAAAGGCUAGAUAGCGAAAGGCAGGCUGACUUUCUUAAUAUGUUGAAAGGAUUUGUUACUAAUCAGGUGACAUAUACAGAGAGGAUUGGAAAUGAGUGGACUAAGGUUGUGGUGGAGACUAGUAGAUAUGCCAAAGAGAAUGCGUAG